UCCUCCAUUCGCUCCGUUUGCUCUAUGUACAUAAUAUACACGAACCUCGCUCCCGAUCAUAGAGCAGUGGCUCGGGUUCUCGUAUAGCGGCAAAAGUCCGGACCUUAAUUUUCGUCCAGUCGUCGAUCGGCGUACACACGAACGACGCUUUCUCAUUUUCCCGAUCCCGAUCUCGGUCUCGAUCAUUGACGUUUCGUGCGCGGAAGCGGAAGAACGACAAUACGCGAGGAUCCCGCCUGUCGUAGACAGCCCGCCGCAGUUACCCUCGAGCCAGUGCGCGCGUUUCCGCUCGGUAUCAUCUCGGCAAUCGGGUCAGGAUCCGGUGCGAAUUUCAGACCGAAAAGGGCAAAGCAAACGAACGAACGAAAAGGGCAAACACGAAGCGGCCACCGAGCGAGCGUGCGGGCAAAAUGAAGAGAAGGAGGAGUGACGACGACGCGAAACCGGCCGCCAAGUACCGACAUCGGGAGUACCUGUUGAUCGAGUACGUUGGAGCCAUGGAGCCGGCAUCGCAGACUGUCCGGGAGCCAGUAAUUAAGCAGGAGGAGGAGGGAGAGGUGAUAAAGAACAACGAAGACGUCAUCGAGCACGAAGUCGGCCAGCAGCAAGAGCAACAGCAGCAACAGGCACAACAGCAACAACAGCAGCUGCCGUACGUGCCGAACAGCGAGGAGGUCGGCGAGGAGAACGGUGUGGGCGUGCUGGAGGCGGGACAGCCGGAAAUGGAAAAUGGCGCCAUGGUAGAGCCAAGCGGUGUCGAAGCGGUCGCUAUUGCGGUCGCCGCUGCCACUGCCGACAAUCCCGUCGACCAGGACCCCAAUGUUACCUACACCCUCCACGAUUUGGGCUACCAUCCCGCGCAGAUCAUUCACGAGAGUUUCGGGGGCGGUGACAUGAGGGAGGAGCAGCAGCAGCAGCAGCAACAGGUCCCGCAGCCGCCCCACCAAUCGCACCACCACCAUCAGCAGCCGCCGCAGCAGCAGCACCACCAUCAGCAAGCGCAACAGUACGUCCAACUUGGGGCGAGAGAGGUCCCGGUUCCCGAGGGAGGGGAUAACCGGCACCCGGCGGAGGCCUCCGUCGCGCCGGAGGGACGCCGCGCCAGCAGUCACAUGCCUCACUGCACGAUGCAUCGGUACGGCACCGAGACGCUCUCACCGACCACGACGGAGCACCAUCAUCAGUCACAGCAACAUCAUCACCAUCUAUCGGAGCUGCAUCACGCCGCACUCUCGUCCGCCCACCGUCACCUGGACGAGCAACAACAGCAGCAACAACAGCUGCACCAUCAUCAAGACACUGAUGUGGAGGACGUGGAUCGUGGCGUGAGCGGCAUCACUGCGGCCAUGAGGGGCGCCCGGGGUGACUACCUGGGUGUCCUCUUCCCGAAUCUCGCGAAUCUGUCGAACGGUCCGGCGUCCAGCAAUGGUGGCGGCAAUCACCAUCACCAUCAUCACCACGCGUCGCACCACCUGGACGAGGUGUUGUCCGAGGAGCCGUAUCUACAGCACCAGAUCCGUGGCGGAAGUGGUGGUGGCGGUGCUAGCAGUGCUGGCGCUCCGACAGGCGACGUUUCCCCGACGAUGAGGACCGUCGGCGGUUCGCCUAGCUCCAGCCACAGUCCGCACGACGAUCAGGCCCUGUCGUCGCCGCACCGUGGCCAGGCUCAGGAGGCCGGCUACAGUCCCACCGAUCAGAGCAGAUUGCACACGUUCGCGCACCUCACUGCGCUGCAACCGCCACCGUCGGUGCAGACCAGUCACGGGCUCCAAGAGGCCGAGCGAGUGUCCGAUCAGCUGUACAUGGAUUCGAUCUACUCGCAUCACGCGGCUGCCGGCACUCCGCAUCAUCAUCAGGAGCAGCACGAGCAGGUCGCGUCUGCGCCCCAUUCGCCUAGCGGCCCGCUCUCCAGCUCAUUGUACCGAUCGAUGAGUGGCGUGAGCACAAUGGGCACCGGGACCGGAGCUGGGGCCGGCUAUGCUCUCCCUUACAUGAACAGCCCCACGGAGCUAACGUCACCGUCUCAACUUUGGAACACUCAGGUUUCAGGCCUGAGCACCGGACUCCCCAUCUCCGAGGAUUACAGCAGCAAAGCGUCGAGCACCGUGCCCCAUCAGUCUUUGCCAGCGUUCUCACAACCCUUCGGAGCUCGUACGAACUUUCGCGGUUACAGUCCGCCGUACUCGUCGUCCCAGCAGAGCACCGGGGGCACUGUCAGCGCCGAGGCCAGUGGUUCCUGGACGUAUGCGUCACCCACGAGUGAUCCGCUAACGACGCAAUACGGCGCACCGUCGAGGCGGCAAACCGUUAACCCAACGACACCAACGCAGCUAAGCGCCGCGGCAAGUCUGACUGCAAUGCAUAACAUCGAGGCGGAGUACUACACGGAGGGCCGCGAGUGCGUGAACUGUGGCGCGAUUUCCACGCCAUUGUGGCGAAGAGAUGGCACCGGGCAUUACUUGUGCAACGCAUGCGGUCUCUAUCACAAGAUGAACGGGAUGAAUCGGCCUCUGGUGAAACAACCACGCCGCUUGUCUGCCUCGAGGCGCGUCGGUCUCUCUUGCAGCAAUUGCGAGACGACGAUGACGUCGCUUUGGCGUCGCAAUUCGGUGGGCGAGCCAGUCUGCAAUGCAUGUGGUCUGUACUACAAAUUGCACGGCGUCAACAGGCCGUCGACUAUGAAGAAGGAUAGCAUUCAAACACGCAAACGGAAACCCAAGGGUGGAAUGAAGACCAGCGACACGCCACUCUCCACCAACGUCGCCCAAUGUGCGAACAACAAUAAUAACAACAACAACAGCGUCAAGCUUGAGCCAGAUACCUACAGAGACCUAAGGAUGGCUCACAGCGGUGGUGUGUCAGUGACGCACGCAGUGACAUACGCAAACAGCUUCUUCGACAAUGCCCAGUCCUCCAGCAGGAUAGUGUCCUACCAGGCGAAUCCGACGCUGUACUACGAUAUGAUCACCUCGCAGCAACAGCAGCAGCAACAGCAGCAACCGCACCAGCAACUGUUGGAAAAUCAUUCGCCAAAGAUCGAGUGCCCGUCACCGCCUUGCGCCACGCGAUCACCUGGAAUGGUCUCGGCCGGACAAUCGCCUGAUCAUCAUCAGCUCACCUCGCCGCACAUCGUCACGCUGGGCAGUCCGUCGACCAGCCCAACCGGAUCGAAGAUCAUGCUGGACAAUGGUCACCUGGAGAGGCCCACGGUUGUCUCUAUAUCGUCUUAAAGAGCGGUCUGGUACUUCGUGAUGAAAUCUCCGUUGCCAGCAAAGUUCUGGUGCUCUCCGAUGAAAACUUACGCGCGAAUAUCGCGGGAGGACGUUGCUUGGUCCUCCUGCAUCCAACUGCAUCUUGUUGUUUCUUCUUUCUACAAAGUAUGUUAUCGGGAAAACUUGGGAAAACGCAUGGAGAGAGAGCACUAUCUCGACGUAUCUCGAGAGAUCGAGCAUCAAAGAGCGUCAGAUUACGUUGAGGAAUGAUAACAUAUAAUUUACCGUGUUUCCGUGGCGGAUACGGUGUAUGCCGGAAGAAAUGCUCGAUUGUCUUAACUUAUGAUAGGUAUCGUAGGUUCAAAGAGUGAAGAGAUGAUGAUUGAUUAACGAUGGGUCCUUGAACUGGCGAGACCAGCUUUCGACGAGUUCUUUCUUGAAUUGAUGAGACCGUUAAAUCAUCGCUCUUCUAAGCGGUGUUUUAAGUCUGAGUUUGAAUCUCAUCAUGUUAUUGCGUAUUGUACUCCAUAUGUUAUACUUUUACAUUACGUUAUUAAGCCUUGCGGUCCAAUAUCGGAGGGACUCCUUUCGGAUGUGCGGCUGUACACGAUUCAUUCAUGAUUUUCCUUCACCAGCGAAAUAAGCAUCUCGCUGGACCUUCGUUCCUGCGCGCAUUGUGAUACGUGAAAUUUUUAGUCGUAUCGUUAUGUAUCAUAAAAAAAAUGAGAGGACUGUUUUGCGUGUUUCGAAAAUUUCCAAAACUUCCAAAAAUGAAUCGCAGAUAUGACUUACAUUUUUUACAUUAAAAAAUUAUUCUUUCUCUUGUUUUUUUAUGUGUUUCUAUUUUAUAUAAGCGCGAUCACAUAGAAUCUAUGUCAUAAGAUCAUCGCGAUAAUUUUAGCGCACCUAUCGAAUAUCGAUAAAGAAAUAUAUGUAUCAUAUAUAUUGAAAAUGUAUAUACAUAUAUAUGUAUGUAUGGUUUUAACAUGGUGCUAUGAUCAGUCUUGUAAAUACCUUUUAGGAUAAAUUGAAAGAGGCACAAGGACCUCCGAAAGAGACAAAUUUCACGCAGGAAAUUUCGCGAGGUAUACAUUCCGUGAAUAACAACAUCCAUAGGAAAAAAAGGCAGGUAACCGCAAAUCCCGUAGAUUAAAUAUCCGCACGAUGUUAUUCACACGCAUAAUUGUUUUAGAUCACGAGCUGCGAAUUGCGGUUGCCUCGCAACAAAAAAAAAUUAAAAUGUUAGGACUUUCAGUCUAUUUUAUUUCAAAUUUAUUAUGCCACGUAAAUAAAUUUUAUUACUUGUCACUUGGUGAGAAUUUGCCGCCUUAUUCUGACAUUAUAUCUAACUUUCAUUCCCCGAAUCGCAUCUAAUCCUGCUUCCAAUCCCUUUUGAAGCCUGUAAUUCAUUGCCGUUAUUUAUUAUCGUCAGUUUGACAUUUCUCUACAAUCAAUAGAACCAUUUUUCACGAGGCGUGUGAAAGUGAGAGAGUGGCAUUAUUGUAAAUAAAUAUUUCAAGAUGUUUCAAGUCCGUUUAUCUUAGGCAAAACGGAGCGUCGAGUGUAUAAGCGGAUCAAGUUUACUUUCUUGUUCUUGUUACGUGCACUUUCUCAUCGCGAUGCAAUAAUUUGCGCUUUCCUUCACCUGACUUGGUUUAUUUACAUCCUCGACGCUGCAAACCUGGAAAGACUAUUGUAUAAAUUUCCUCAUUUACCUCUCGCUAUUCUUACUUCUUUCUAUCUUCUUUUUUAACCAAAGAAAACUGCAAGGAUCAUUUGAUAAAUCCUCAGAAAAAAAAUAUAUAUUUUACGUAUAAAUAUAUAUGUAAAUAUAUAUGUCAAUUAUCAAUUUGAUAUUAGUGCCGCCAUCUCAUAUUUUCUAAGGACUUAUCAAACGACCCUCGUGCAUUAAUGUUUUUAUGCGUCGACAGUUAAAAUUAUACCAAAUUGCGAGCAACAUUGCUUCAUAUAGACGAUUGUACAUAUAAACGAUAAUGAUUAUGUAUGAAUGUAAAAUUGAGUCACGCACGUUCUCAUAUGAUUCGCGUUCGCGCGCGUAAAAGCGUUCAAAGGAUAUUUUGUUUUCGACCGGUAAAUAAAGUGCCUUAUAAAUAAAUGGUGUCACGCGAGAGCGAUAUUAAAAAUUACUAAGAUUAAUGUAAUACAAUUAGAGCUAGUGAGAUAUAGUUAAUUUGUUUAAGUUUAAGUUGGUAUAAGUUACACGAAUAAACGGAAAUAUCCGACGGCUAUACGAAUGAAUAUGUUGUAACGCGCGUCUUCUUCUUUCUCCUUGCGGAGGCAGAAGCACGUCUUCUCUCGAGAUGUACGUUUCGCAUAUUAUAUUCUUAGAGCAUUGUGUAUCGAGACAUCGGCUAUUUUUGAAUAAAAAGGGACAUUUAAAAACCGAA